CCGCGAAGCUGCUGGUCCCCUCGCGAGCGUCGGCGUCAUAAGGCCCGCCAAAAUUAUUCAAUGGCUACACACCCCGCGAUUACACACAUCCUCCACACAACACACCAUACAUCACACACCUAUCCAACAUCAUGAACGACCCAGGACUAAACAACCUCCUCAAAUGGGGUAUCCAGAACUCCGAGGCCUCGCGCACCGAUGUCGCUGCUGCCGACCAACCGCCGCCACAGAUCGACGCCGAGGCGCUGCAACGACUUAUGACGGGAAUGUCUGGACCUUCGGAUGCGCAAUUGAUGCAGGAGAGCAUGCAAGUCAUUCAAAAUGAAGAGGCCGAACUGGAGCACCGGACGACCGCCUUCGACAACUUUGAACAGCUCAUCGAGAACCUCGACAAUGCAAACAACAUCGAGAGUCUGGGACUGUGGGUGCCCCUUGUCGAACAACUAGAGAACAAGGAGUCUGAACUCCGGUAUUACGCUGCAUGGUGUUGCGGUACUGCCGUCCAGAACAACAUCAGGACACAAGAACGGCUCCUCGUAGUCGGCGCUAUUCCUACCCUCGUCCGUAUGGCCAUCUCAGACACCGAGAAGAAGGUCCGCAAAAAGGCAGUUUUCGCCCUGUCGUCCUCCGUCCGCAACUUCCAGGCUGCUCUCGAUGCCGCCGUAGAGCAUGUGCCCGCCGAGUUCAAGCCGCAACAGAAGCUGGAUGCCAACGACAUGGAGUCGGUCGAUGUUUUGAUCAAUAAGCUCCGUGAAAGCGUAUAAAGGAGUCGGUUAUGGAUUGCAUUGGGUCGGCGUUACGGUACUUGACUAGUCAGCAUUGAACGGCGCAUAGAGGAACAAAAGUCGACCUUAGAGGACGGAU